CUCAGGAAAGGUGAAAGCGAAACCAGGAAGCCCCGGACCAGCCAGGCGGGUGCGGGACAGAGGACCCGGCUUGGGCCUUUCUUGCUCCCCGCUGGUCGCACAGAGACCCCCAACCCCUGGACCACCCUGCCCACCUGGAGAUGCUGAAGCUGGCGUCAGAGCCCCAACGGGGCUUCUCCUUCGAGAACUGCCAGAGAAACGCAUCCUUAGAACGCGUCCUCCCGGGGUUCCGGAUCCCUCGUGCACACAAGACCGGAACCACCAUCGCGGGCCUCGUGUUCCGAGAUGGAGUCAUCCUGGGCGCGGAUACGCGGGCCACUAACGACUCGGUCGUGAUGGAUAAGAACUGCGAGAAGAUCCACUUCAUCGCCCCCAAAAUCUACUGCUGUGGGGCUGGAGUAGCCGCGGACGCCGAGAUGACCACGCGGAUGGCGGCGUCCAACAUGGAGCUACACUCCCUGUCCACGGGCCGCGAGCCCCGCGUGACCACGGUCACGCGCCUUCUGCGCCAGACCCUCUUCCGGUACCGGGGCCACGUGGGCGCGUCGCUGCUGGUGGGCGGCGUAGACUUCUCGGGACCGCAGCUCUACAGCGUGCACCCGCACGGCUCCUACAGCCGGCUGCCCUUCACCGCCCUGGGUUCCGGCCAGGACGCCGCGCUGGCGGUCCUGGAGGAUCGGUUCCAGCCGAACAUGACGCUAGAGGCUGCGCAGGAGCUGCUAGUGGAAGCCAUCACUGCUGGGAUCCUGGGUGACCUCGGCUCCGGCGGCAGUGUGGAUGCAUGUGUGAUAACGGGGACCGGCGCCAAACUUCUGAGAACAUUAAGCUCCCCCACAAAGCCCACAGAAAGACCCAGCCAGUACUACUUUGCCCCUGGGACAACAGCAGUCCAGUCCCAGACAGUGAAGCCACUGACCCUGGAGCUGCUGGAGGAAACUGUGCAGGCAAUGGAGGUGGAGUGAAGUGGGAUGAUGCUUAGGGCUUGGAACAAGGAGGAAUAAACAUAGAAAAUAGAAAAACA